UCAUCAUCGCUCUGAAAACAGCUCUAUGUGAGCCAAUAAUAGGUUUAACGUAUGCCUCUCAAGCUGGAAUAUGCAUAAUUUUAAUAUUUAUAAUCCGUUUUCUACUUCUCUCAACCGUUUUGUUUUUGUCAAUAAAUAAGCGAAUAAUAUACCAAAACUGCAGGAAAUAGCUGUUAGAAACAAUUGAAUUUUUCUACAGAUCUAGUUAUGUGAAGUUUUCACGCUUUGUUAAUGUGCUUGUAGCUGGUCUGUUUUGGGACAGAUGGAAUUUGAAUAUUAAUUUCCCUGUAGAGGUUUCAUGGGACGCGAGUCACACGGAAAGUGAAUUUCUUUUCCAUAUUCCUGAAUCAUAAAUCUGAAGACGACAGAAGUUUUAUAUAUAAAGAAGAAUUAUGAAAAGAUCAUUAGAACAUUAUCAUAAGAAGCCAAAGGAGGACAAUUAUUCAGACGCGAGUGAUAGCAACGGAUCAAAUGAGGAUGCUUCGUCGGGUCGAAACUGUACUGGAACUUUAAAAAAACGGAAACCACUAAAUUCAUCUGAUGACAAUGAACAAGAUCAAUCGUGUGACUAUCCUUUUCCUGGCAGACCCAGGAACGCAGCAAAUGCCCGGGAGCGGGAUCGCACUCAUAGUGUAAAUUCUGCAUUUAUAACUUUACGAACAUUGAUUCCAACAGAACCAGCAAAUAGAAAAUUGUCAAAAAUAGAAACAUUGAGACUGGCAACAAGUUAUAUUGCUCAUCUAAACACUGUAUUGAUGGUUGGGGCGGAUUGUAUAGACCAACCAUGUAUUAAACAUCAAGCCAUGCUCAGAGGAGGAAUGGAUAACCUACCAAAAACAGUCUGCACUUUUUGUCUAAGUGCUUCACGACUUAGAAUGAUCCGACCAGAAAGUUGUAUGUACAAAGAUAUAAGAGUUUCAAUGCAGUCACGAAGAUAAUCCAAUAUAAAAAGGAGUAUAUGCAUUUCAGUCCGGAAUAAAAUGCACACUAGAGCUAUUGAAAAUAUGAUUAAACAAGUCCAAGUCUUAGUGCGACAGUAGCUAAUUUUGAACUGUUUAGUAAUAUGUAAUAACAAACCGUUCAGAACACUAUACUGGAGUUAAUAGGAUAGACAUAUGUUAUACUUUGUCGCUAUUAGUUCCAUCAUAACAGAUAAAAGCAAUCAUCAAUCAUAUAUCAUAUUGCAUAGUGUAUAUAAUUAUGAAUUCGUUUUUGUAUCAAAAUACUGUUGUUUAUUUAAUUGUUUUUGUAACUAAAAAUAGAGUAUAUACAAAUAAAAUGUCUUCCAUAUAUGAAG